CGGCAGGUAACGAAUUUUACGUUGCUUCGGCGCAGGUCCAUUGCCGAAACGAGUUGCAGCUUGUAUAGAAAGCGCUGCCAGAAAAAGAAAUAUUCAUAAGAUAACCGGACUUUAGAGAGUUCAUAUACCACAAGUUUCAGUUGUGCAGAACCUUCGCCAACUCUUUUUUUUCCGGAUAUUCAGAUCAGUAUCCUUUUUGGUUAUACUGUUUCUCAAGUUCGUUGGAUAUCAUGGAGUAUAAUUACAAAAACGUGUCAGCUGUUCAAUUCGUCAAGAAUGUAAAGUGUCAUUGGACCGUCGAAAAUGUGGCCGACUUUUUGGAGAAGAGGCUGCAACAUAUGGAUUUCACUGUGGAUACAUGGAGUUAUCAGAGAAAGACUGCCUUGGAAUUAUUGGUAGGUGACAAGACUCGUCAUAGCACCAGGGAUAAGUUAGUGAUGGACCUUCUUCUGAAACAUGGAGCAAAUCCUUUGAAAUGCAGGGGCAGGGAAACCAUUAUACAGAAGAUUCUACAAAAUAAAGAUUCAGAUUUGAUCAUAACUUUUUUGACCUAUGUGGAAGAUAUCAACACCCUUCACGGAGGAAGUAGGACAGCCUUGCAUAUAGCAGUCAGCCGAAAACUAAAAGACGUUAUUGUGUAUAUUCUUGGCAGAAGAGGAUUACAAAUAAAUAUGACGUCAAAAUCAAAGUCUACAGCAUUGCACGAAGCUGCAAAAACAGGAAGGGUUGAUAUAAUAAAAAUCCUCCUGGAAAAUGGGGCAGACAUAGAUGCGAAAGAUGAGGCUGAACAAACCCCAUUGCAUUGGGCUGUCCGAUAUCACAAUUCCAUGGAUCAAAUCAAAAUAUUCGUAGAAAACGGUGCGAAUGUGAACUACAAAGACAAAUAUGGAUGUACCCCCCUACACAUCCUUUGUUCCAAAGGCCCAGCUAUGAAUAUAGAUAUAUUCGAUCUAUUGCUCCAAAAAAUUUCCGAUCCCAAUGCAAAAGAUACCAGGGGAUCUACGCCGAUUCAAGUUCUCUUGAGACUCCUACCCGCUGAUUCAGUAGCGAGGAAUAAAAAGUUGAUACAACUAUUUUUAAAAUAUGGAGGCAACUUGAACUGGGAUCAAGGGUUAUUUGGAACCGUACUUCACUUGGCGGCUUGUUUGAAUCAUUCGGUCGACUUCCUCAUGUUUUUGAUGGAAUAGGGGGCAUAUGCUGCCAUUUUGAAUGGUUCAAACCAAACAUUCAUGGACUACAUUGUCCGGAGCAAUCGUUCGUAAGUGAAGGAAAUUGUGAAAGGUAUGGUUGUUCAGGAAUUCAAGGGCAGGUUUGAUUUGGAUCCCCUGCUUCUGCCUUGCAUAAGGGCGGAU